AUAAGCUCUAUGGGUAUUUGAAAUGACGCCAUUUGCCGCCGCCAGCGCAAAAUGAAUUUGUCUCUCUCAUACACAUGUAUUUAGGUUAUACGGAUUUCUCUAUCGUUUCCCCACCACCUUCCACGGAUUUUCUGAAAUAAGAUCUGGCAGCACUGGUCAGCGACCGUCAGUCGGAUUGUCAGAUUUUGGCGGAUUCAAUUGAACCGAACGGUUUUUUGUACAGUAUUAAAAGGUCGAGUUGUGAUCAUUGUUGUUUUAUUCAACACACACGAGAAAUGGACGAAAACGAACCAAGAAACAAAAAUCAAAUCAUGGAAACGCCAAAGAUCAAUUACAUAGAUAUGACUUUGUUAAAUACUCCGAGACCACAAGCUUCGUCCACGGUUGAACGGAAAAGCAUAUUAGCAGCACGCAUGCCUGAUAAACAUUCAAAGGAUAUUAGAUAUAAGCGACCACUUUUAAGCACUGAGAUGAGGUUUUCCGAAGACUCAUCAUUGGGAAUUAUUGAAAAUAUUUCUUCUCUGCUCGAUGAUACCAGAGAGUCGACUGAAAGUUCAGGACUGAAAAGUACAAUUGACACGGAAAGAGAGCUUGCCCGGAAAAUACUUCAAAGGUGCAGUGAACAAAAAGCAUAUGCCAAUAUUGAAAUCGACAAAGAAGAUCUGAAUCAACAAAAUCUAUCAAAUGAUAAUACUCCAUCAACUUUAAUGAGUUCUGGUCAUACACUUCUCGGUCAAACUUUUUCUUCUAGUCUCAGCAAUUUUCAAAGUUCACCCACAAAAGAUGUAGCUACGUCAAAUGACAAUAAUCCUGCUCCUGCUGUUCAGUUGAGUACUGCUGGGAUUAGCUUUGAGCCAAUCGAAAUAAAUGGACGCUCAUCGAUAUCGAGUAAAGGUUCGGAACAACUAGGAAUUACAGCAAGUUCCACCGAAGGAAUAAGUUUCAACACAGUUAAUGCAGAAAUCAUGGCUCAAUUUGCUAAUGAAGAAUUUCAGCCUGGCUCUCAGGCAGCUAGUCUUUUAUUGGCUGAUGAAGCUUUGUGGCAGCAAAAUCACCCAUAUGCUUUGCCGGUUGCAACCAGCUCAGAAAAAGAGUAUUUAAAUUUGUCAGGUUUUUCUGGGAUUAUCGGAGAAACAGAUUUAACGAUAGAAUCCUGUAUGGGUCGAAAAGUGUCUGUUGGUGAAUUCUUCCGAAGAAAGUGCGACAAAUUAGGAGACAUAUCAGCAGCAGAAACGGUAGACAGACCAAGUUUUGGUUUUUCAGUUUCUAGCCCAAAAAAGGAUGGACAUUUGAUACCACUGGUUGAUCAAACACUGUCGACAGAAACAACUUCAGUUUGUAAUGAAAAGAAUACCCACCUUCCAGUAGAUAUUACUAGCACAGUGGCUGGGAAGACUAGUUUAAUGAGUAUGAACAACAUUGCACAGACUCCGCAAGAUAUGGAAAAAAUUAUAUCAUUGUACAAAGGUGAAAAAGAAAAAAAGGAUCUACAAAAUUCAGUCAAUUUCAUACAGGAACAAAGCAUGAGUCUCAGUAGUAUUGCUCAGGCAAUUCAAGACAUGGGUGAUUGCACGCCACGUCGACUAGUCGAUCAGUUGAUUAUGGCUCGAAAGAUUAAGAAAAUUCCAGAUAUACGAGUGUCAAAUACAAAUAGAGAUACAUUCUCACGGGCUUCCGAACCAUUACCAAUUAAUAGAACCAUGUCCAUUAUGCCAAAUCUGCACCUCAAGAAUUUAGAUUUCACAAGUACUGAAUGUGAAAAAGGGGCUGUUUGUUCAUCGAGCAUAAAUUAUGGUGAACAACAAAUAUCAUCCAUUCAGUUGCCUCUUCCGAAACAAAGUUUGGAACCCAUUGAUGCUACUCAUCGAAUAUCUGACAAAGACAUAUCACGAGAAAGCGGUUUAUCUGUAACUAAGAAAGAUGACAUCCCAGCGAGCAGUACUCAAUUGGAAUUUAGUACCAGCACCGAUGUUUCAAUUUCUGAAAACCAAGCACGUCCAUCUAAAAAUGUAGUUGUCGCCCGAAAUUUGCAAGAAGUAUGCAUCUGCGUAAUUGGUGUUCCGAGAGAAUCUGACUUGGAAAUAUUAAAUCAAGGAGAUCGAUGGAUAACAUGUACUCUGAGCCUACACCGAAUUCAAGGGGAGAAAGAGUGUAUUGAACUGGAAUUACCACAAGAAAAGAUUUUGAUUAAGCCUGAUUCGUGGAAGUCUGUUAAGGUGGGCGUUAAAAUAUCGGAAAUGGUGAAACCAAUAAUCGCUGUGAUAAACAUGUUGCUUUCGGACAUGGUAACUCGGUCUAAAUGGACUACACAACACGUAAUUUGCUUUGUUCCGGAAGAACCACAUAUUGGAGUAUCGCUACACUCUGAAAAAAAUGAACUAGAUUUUCAGUAUAUAGCAGAGAAUUCUACCAAGACGAUGCCAAUCACAUUGGAAAAUAAAAACAGCGUGGACAUUCCUAUAAAAGUGGACAUUAUAAAUGAUGGCCCGAAGGUUUUCAGUAUUGACAAAUCAUUAAAUGAAACCAUACUUGCCAAUGACCCUCACGAUGGUAUUCAAUAUUUAUCUCUAGAGCCUCGACAACAGUUUACAGCAAACGUGCAAUUCAAAGCACCUUUUCUCGCAAGUUUAGAUAAUACGACAGAGAAAGAAGUGCGCCGUGUCACUGGCAAGUUAAUCGUACAAAUUCACACGGAAUCAAAUAAUGGACAAAUAAUUAAAGAAGUGCCUUUAGUGGGCUUUAUUGGAGCCUGUAAAAUUGAGACUAUUGAUACUCGACUGCCUCUUACUAUACCUCGAAAGCAAAGUAAACCUCUGAAUCUUCUUAACUCUGGGACCGUGGCUGCUAUGAUAACAGCAUACGUGGUAAAUAGCACCGAAUCAUCAAAAUCCAAUCAAAACUUUGCUGUGAAACCAGACAGCUUGUUACUUCAAGGAGGUGCAAGGGCUGCUCUUUCGGUGACAUAUAAACCUUGCAGUGAAGAUUCGUCAGAAAGGUCUGCUAUGGUAAAAGUGAUAGCAGAAGGGAACACAUACUUUUUCCCUGUUAUCGGAGAACAUCCAUUAGACCAAUUACCUGAGAAUUUACCUCGCUGUGAUACGCCACAGUCUGGAGGGCUACUAAGCUCUCCAGCUUCCCCACAUGCUUCAACUUCCUGCAGGUCAGGAAAUUCUGGAAGAAACUCUCCAGGAUACUCGGUAUCUGGAACUUCGGUAACAGGAGACGUAGUUCCAAUUCAAGCAACUCACGCUGCAUUGGUUUGGAGUAGUGUUAAAAUAGGAAAACCUGACACAAAGGAGAUCACAAUACGUAAUACUAGCACGUAUAAAGUGAAAAUUCACGCAAGCAUUGCCAGUAAAGAUAAAAACUUUAAGUUUCUGAAGGAACGACAAACUUUUGGCAGUAGCAUGAUCCUGUCACUACAAGGUUUGGAAAGUAGAACGCUCUCUAUUGUGUUUGUACCAAAUAGUACAGGCGCUGCAGCUGGAAAAAUUAUCUUUUCGCACUAUGAGCAUAAGAAAGCUAAGGAAGAAUCUAAAGUAACAAAAGUUAUAUACCUUUAUGGUUAUGGCGGUACAGCAAACAUUGAGAUUACAGAAACAUUUAAAGACAUGGGAGGACAAAUGUGGCUAUCCCUUGGCAAUCUUAAUUCGGGUGGAUCUUUGGAAGCCAGAAUCAAACUAAAAAACACUGGCAAUCUUAAGGCUUACGCAAAAGUUGCCCUAACUCCAAAAGCUAUCUAUCCAUCGGUGGUCUCUAGUUGGCAUGUAGAUCCUGUGGAACGAAUUUUGGAUCCCGGAGAAACCUACAGGAUCAACUUACAGUUUCAUCCAAGAGGUGAAGAUCUGGCACAAUUACGUCGCACCAGUAUCUCCAGGGUAGGAACGCUGACCAUCACUUAUGGUGAUGAACCAACACGUUUAAGAAUUCGCAGAUUAUACAAUAAAUUAAAAAGAACUGGCCAAAUGAGUAGUAAGCAGAAUGAUCCAUUCCGUAAUGUCAUCUAUCCCAUAUGCAAGGCUUUUCCCGAAGAAACAGCGGUUGAAGAUUUGAAUAUCAUUAACGAUACAGAGCAAAAUCUUGGCGACCUCUGUCGAGGUGUAUACCAGCAUGAGGUGGGUCUAACGAUAGAAAUCAAUGCCGAUGAAACAGCAUCAAUUCUGCAUGACAAUGCAGAUGAAUCUCAAAUGUUUUAUUCCCUCUGCAGUGACAAUAGUAACAUAUUCACAGGAACGGGUGAAAGCUUUAUGCCUUCUGAUACCCUCUCGGAGAACACAGAGAAUGCUGUUGCACAAGAUGAAUAUGAAGAUGAUCUCAAAGUUGUCCCACACGUAAUCACUCUAUCACCACCUUAUAAAAGUGAAGCAACACUAACGAUAUCAAGUUCAUGUUCUGUAGCACAGCCCUUUGAAACUUCUAUAACGAACACCGAGUACUUAAAUGUUAUUCCUACCGAAGGAAUGAUUCCUACACGAAAACGCUUCCCUUUAAGAGUACAAUGUAGGAAGCAUAUCGAUCAUGACUUAGAAGCUGUUUUACAGGUUUACACAGCAAAUGAGAAACGUCAAGUACUUAUUAAGGUUACAAAGAAAAAGUAAUUUUCUCUUAAUUAGCUCUAACCUUUUAAAUUAUAAAAUAUUAGGCUAUUUUUUAGAUAUGCAAUUUUCAUAUGUGAUAAACUUAGACUCGUCAGUACUUACUUGUACAUUUGUAAAUAUUUUUGAACAGUAAUAUACUUUUUUACGAAUCGUA